AUGGCCAACUUUCUCGAGGCGAUAGAAAACUACUUCAGACCAGUAGACGAGAGAUUCACGCGAUGUUUCGAGGUCGAGGACAUUUCAAUCGCCAGCAUCACCGCUCUGAAGAGACUUUGGUAUCUAUCGUACGCGCCGCUCCUGUGCAGCGUGUACUUCGUCACGAUCAUGAUCGUCGAAGCGUCGGCUGAAUUCGUCGGGUCGGCGGGGCUCUGUUUACUAUCAGCGAUCAUUAUGCGUCAGACGUCGGCGCACCCAAAGGGUAGAUCUUUCGGCCACGUCGGUCACAUGCGGUUGGCGCUUACGUUGUUCCUAGGAUUGACCACGGCGAAAGGUUUCGCGAUUCUAUACAGCACGUACGAUACGUGUAAGAUGGCCGACGAGGCGCUCGGCGAGCUCGAGUGUAGUGCGCUGAGGUGGUGCACGUCGUGCGUCAUCGCGAUUUUUGGAUACAUCUUGUACGUUGGGAUGCUGGUGAUGUCUCGAUUAUCCGACGAGUACUUGAUCCUGCAUUGCCGUUCCUCCGUGUCGAGAAGGACGUCAAAGAUCAUCUCGAGAACGACUUCCAAGGGCGACGAGUGUGUGUGA